UUUUAUAUGUUGAAAUUUACAAAAAAAGAUAUACUCCUACAUUGUUUUGAGUGUGUUAUGAUUAUGUUCAUUAUAUUAUUUUUAUUGCUAAACUCUUAAUUAAAGCUUCUGGUAAAUCUGUGUGAUGCAUUGUCAAAAAAUUAUUUACUGUGUAGUUAUUGUAUCUAUUUAGGUAAUUUACUAUGCCCAUGUACCAUUGUAGCUUACAACAAACAAGUCAUGACUGGAAGGCUGUAAAACGACAAAACAUUGCUGCCAGAAAGGAUGCCUUUGUUUUCAAGCAAUAAAUUCUCCCCAAAGAAGAUACCUCAGCGGAAGGCCAACAGUUUCUCCAGGCAAAAGCUAGUUGAAGAAGAAGGAGAGAGUAGAUUGGACAUUGGCAAUGUGAAGUUAAAUAUUGGAGAGCAACAGUUUGUGUUUGAAGAUGGAGAAUGGACUCCUGAGAGUGGAGUAGUUGGAGAUAAACAUAAGGAGAACCAAAGGCUUCUGCAGCGAAUAAAACAACUUGAAUCAGAAAAAAACUUGUUGCAGCUGAAGACUGAGGUACUUUUAGACAUGAAUGAGAGUGCCACCUCACUAACCUCUCCAACCACAGUAUGGGGAACAAGCUCAGGCAGCUCUUUAUGGGGAACAACGUUAUCCUGCCAUUUAAAACUGCUCUGUAAUCCUAUAUACUUGCUAGAAUAUUUUCUAUGUUAAUGUUCAUUACUCUAACUAUAUCUUCUUUUGAUCAUUACAGUUCAAACAGUUUGUGAGUUAUUUUUUUAGCAGAAUAAGUUACUUUUCAAUGCAAUAAGUGUGGCGUAGUAUUACUUUUAUUUAUUAAUGGAAACUACCUGUUAAGAUUAUUCAAACUUUCUGGAUUUUAAUUUGCCUUUAUAUCUUACACACGUCCUGGGAGACCUAUUUUUAUCUGUACAAACAAUUCCAUUUAUGAUGGGAUUCAAAUUGAAUAAACUUUUAUCUUGGUCUGAAGUUCAAAUUGUAAUUAAAUGCUUGAUGAUAUUAGUGAAUUGAAACAUUAGAUUCCAGACUACACUUGUAAGAAAUGAAUGAUUCGAUCACUCAACUAAAAUUUUCAAUUGUAUUUACUAAGAAAUAUAACUAAACAGAACUAUUUUGUUUAACUUUUAUCGAAUGCCAAGUCUACGCUUAUCUAGUGACAAAGUCUUUUCUUUUGCUAAACUAAAACACAUGAUUUUGUAAAAAAAAUCUGCUAUUAAUUUUAUUAAUCUUAAUUAAUGAGUAUCCUUUCCUAAUUCAAUGUUCGAGAAAUGGUUUCUGAAAACGUUGUCCACUAAUUUUCUGCAUGCUAAUAAAACCAAUUUUCUUGUGUUGAGCUUGUGGAUACUUUGCUUUAAUAAUAGUUCAAACGCCUUACUAUUUUUAAUACAUCCCAUGAGACCCUACCUAGUUUACCUUUAGAAAUAUAAUUGGUAAAGUUCACAUAGGAACGUAAGUUACUGUCAUAAGUGAUUUAACAUUUGUAGAUACUCUACACAAUUCAAACUGGGUAUUAUUUUAUUUACAAUGAAACCACAUGUGUAAUAAAGAAUAUUAUGUUUGUAAUAA